AUGAAGCUUAAUCCUCAUGAACAUCUAAUCAAAUUUGAAUCUCUAGGUCGGAAAAGAAAAAAAAAGUGUGAUGAGAAAAAACCAAUUUGCUCAACAUGUUCAAGUAAAGAUCUGGAAUGUAUCUGGCCAAAGGAUUCAAAAGAUAAACUUCCAUCUAAUUUUCAAAUUCCAAAAAGUCAUAAGCAUUCAAAAUUUGUAUCAGAGGUGAAGCUUUCUGAAAAUGAAAAUGAUUAUCCUUUGACUAAAGGUGAACAGAGUUAUCUUUCAGGAAAGGGAGAAAAGUCUGGUACAAUUUACCCAAUAUUCGAUGAGAAUGAAACCAGAGCCCUUUUUGAAGAUUUAGAGGAAUCCCCGGACUCAAACUAUUCCUUGGAUAUAGAGAACAGACCAGAGUAUAGAACAGGCUUUCAGGUUGAUUUUAUUUCACACUUCACCUAUGACCCUGAACAAAAAUUUCUAUUUGCUUGUGCUAAUGGCUUCAUUCAAGCUAUUGGACCCCAGUAUACACAUCCAUCACUUACAACAUCUGCUACAGUUACUCCAUGGAUAGAUAAGAAUCCUAUAAUGCGCAUGAUUGCUUCGGCUUGUGGUUGUUCAUUUUUAUCAUGGGAAUCCCCAGAAUUGAUACCAUUAUCAACAGAAAAGUAUCAUAUAGCCAUGAAUGCUUUAGGAAGCUACUUGUUGGCUGAUCAGCCUGAUUGUUCUUCAAAUUGGGUGGGUGCUGCUUUACAAUUGAUGUGCUUAUGUGCUAAAGUUACAAACAUAUUUCCGAAGAGUGCAGUUUUGAACUUAUCACAGUCUUACAAAAUCAUCAAAUCAAGAUUUAUAAGCUUUGAAUCUAAUUACCAAAAUGUGGCUGAUAUAUUUUCAGAUAUAUCUACUACUACACAUGAAACUGAAUAUUUGAAUGCAUACCUUAAAGACUUUGAGUCUGAUUAUCUGUUAAUGGAUAUAAGGAAUAGUGAAUUAGACAAAUAUGGAUUACAUGAUUUUGAUACCAAUUUUGAGAGAAUGUUCUUGGAGAGCUUCGUAUAUAAUUAUUCAGUUGCCAUUUUGCUUUCAGAAAGUCACAAAUACCUCCCAAACCCUUUUGAAGUCUUUAAUAAUCUAAGAAAAGCUUUGAGAACUCCAUUGUACAAUUGUGAUGUUGCGUGGAUGAACAAUCCUGUUUCUGGUGCUUCCCUUGACUCGUUUGAACUGGUUUCAAAAGCUUCCUAUUUGAUCAAAAAAUUACAUGAUCCCUUGAUGUUUCAGACUGCUAAGAAGCUGUAUGAUAUUGCAUGUUUCUAUACAUCACCAGUGAUACCUUCAAAUAUUGGAGUUGGAUCCAGGAAAUAUAAAGAUCUAAGAGAGAGUGUUUUGAUGUCUGAAAUAGUUGCAAAAUCUGCAAAAUUGAUCCUGAGGAAACUCAUUUCAAUGGAGAUCAAAGUUGAUGAUUGUGAGCUACAAAAAGAUUUGAAUAGUAUAUUGGAAAAAUUCAAAUUGAUAACCCCAAAUUCAAAAGUGAAUGGCAUUGCUCUCCAAAUAGCAUGGGGAACAAGUCCAGAGUGUAUUGAGAUUAAAACCAGAGGAUUGGAUAUAUUGCUUGACAAAAGAGUUAUGUGCAAAGUGCUUCUGUGA